AUGAUCGAGGGCGGUCUCGAGUACGGGUUGCUGACAACUGGCGAGGCGACCGUCUUCCUCAAGGUGGACUGGGCCGAGCCUGAAACGUUGUAUUAUCACCUGGCAGAGCCCGGGCCGGAGGUGUUGGCUCAUCCAGAGCAUAUGCAGUCUAGCUCCGCGGUGGGGCAGUAUCUCGCGUUCAGCCUGAUGGCGCUAGGUAGGCCGGGCGGACGGGUGGAACACGGGCAGGAUGAGCGUGAUCGGGCGACGGCGAAUCUCAACAGCUGGGCACCUACAACAUACGAGGACUUUGACCGGUCGCCGAUUACGCGGCAGGGGAGGAGACACCGUCGAGGUAGAAUAGGCGACGAGCGCAACACAAUUGCGACUAGACGAGAUCAGUCGGAAUCAUCGGACGACGAGUCGGGAUAUCGACCUCCGGAUACGCCGAGCCCCUCUGAGCGAAGUCAACGAAUCCUGGCACGCCGGCCCCGCCAAGGGACUGAUGAGGAAGUGGAACGGCGGUACUGCACCCAAGCAUGCCUCCUUGACUGGUUCAGGAGGCACCUCGAUCCUUGUUGUCCCAACGCGGGUGUCAUGGCAGACCUCGAGGCGCGCUACAUCCGAUCAGUCAUUCUACAUGGCUGCAACUUCUGA